AUGAGUUUUGGCGUAGGCUUCGGUGAUUUGGUGCUCGCUUCCAAACUAGCCUGGAAUGUAUACAAAGCAUGUAAAGAUUCGGGCGAGAAUUUCAAGCGCUUGUCAAGCGAAGUGGCCUCCCUACACGUCGUACUCAAAGAGACCGAGGACUACAUCGACGAGUUCCCAGAGCUGGACACUUCUCGGAAGAAUCGUUUGAAUAUUCUAACCGACGGUUGCAACGCGACGCUGGAGGAUCUGCAGAAGCUGCUUAAGUCAUAUGAGCGACUCGGAACGCAAUCCCAAAGGACUUGGGACCGGAUGCGCUUCGGACUGGAAGACCUUGCUGAUAUCAGAUCUCGCUUGGUGAGCAAUGCAACACUCUUGACAGCCUUCAACAGCACUCUAGUCAACUCAUCGACGACGAGGAUCGAAAAGAAGCUAAAUAAAUUCAUCUGCGAAGUACGUGCCGGAUAUCGGGAAGGAUCCGUUGUUACUACCCCGGACGUCGUCGAGACGAUCGAAUCUCCCGAUGUGUGGGCCCAACUGCGGCGUGAACUCGAGGACAUUGGCAUCUCGCCGGCCAUCAUGGAAGAACAUCACGAAUAUAUAUCAAACUGGAUGAAGUCAGUUCUAGCACGGGGGCUCAUUAAUGAGGAUCCCGCCGAAGAACUAAACAAGACAGUCUCUCCCGAUUCUGGCUAUGGCGGUAGUAUCGUCUCUUCGUCUGCUGAUAUGAAUAUAGCGAACGAACAGUUCGAGUUAGAGAUGCGAAAGAAACAGGCCGAAAGACCUCUAGAUGAGGUUUUCAAACCACUUACCGUCGAAGCCACCGCUCCGUCGGUCAGGAAGAAGUCAAUCACAGACCCUACUAGACUUAUUCGAAAGCUCUUUGUAAAGGAUGAUGCACUUGUACAAGCAGCUAGUGAUGGGGACAUUGACAAAGUUGCCAAGUUGCUCAGCAUCGGGUGCAACGUAAAUGCAAAAGAUCGAUGGGGUUGGUCGGCACUCAGUAUGUGUGCAUAUGGGGGACAUCUCGCCAUAGCCCGACUCCUCCUUGAGCACGGAGCUGACCUGUACAACAUCGAUGUCGACGGUGACACACCGAUGCAGAUAGCUACAACCCGCGGUCACUCGGAAGUAGUUAUUUUGUUCGACGAAGCACAGGCCGAGAGAGAUCGCCUGGCGCGGGAACUAGAUGCUGAGCCAACAGCAAAAUGAACCAAACUAACAGGGGUUUGGUAGGCUUUGCGAACCCGCAGUCUUUCUACCCGCGCCAGCUACGCCUCAAUAGCGCGGUGAAGAAUUCAUUCGUGAUGUAACUCGGAUGAUUCGCAUACCCGCCCAAACCAGAACAUACCUGAGACGUUAUGACUUGAGCUUGUUUGCUCGAAGAACAAUUCUCUGUAUUAUUAUUGCUUUAUUUAUGCAUUCUUUUGUCUUUCUUACAUUCUUCCUUCGAUUGCGACUUUUCAGUCUGGAUGGGGGGCUACCAGGGCGGUAUGAUUUGUCAAGAGUCCGAGAACUGGCAUUGUGUUAUUUAUGGAACUACCGUAUUGUCUCGAUCACUCCAUUAGGUCUUAUUCUUCGAGAAAAAUAGCCGAAGUCUAGUACGCACACUGUCUGAUAUGCUAAGCCUGACGUAGCACUUCCAUAAUGGAAGUUCCAUUAAUAGGACCCAUGAGCUCAGCACCGCCAAGCUACCGUAUUGUAGAGUUGCAUCGCCGCACAAGAGCCG